AUCCGUCGAAUGGCGUGCCAGCCACCGUACGAGUUUGAAUGAACGUAUACCAUUAAAAAAAAAAGCGUGUGAAAUUUAGUAGUUUUUUUGGUAUAAAAAUAUUCUUUUGUCUACAGUUCUGUAGUUAAAAUGUCUGUCCAUCCUUCAAACCCCAGCAACCCAAUCGUUUUCUUCGACAUCACAAUCGGAGGGCAGGAUGUCGGGCGGAUGAAGAUUGAGCUGUUUGCAGAUGUGGUUCCAAAGACGGCAGAAAAUUUCAGGCAGUUCUGCACCGGCGAAUUUAGGAAAGACGGCGUACCAAUUGGAUUUAAAGGAUGCACAUUUCACAGAGUCAUCAAAGAUUUUAUGAUACAAGGAGGGGAUUUUGUAAAUGGAGACGGGACAGGCAUAUGCAGUAUCUAUAGAGGUCCUUUUGCUGAUGAAAACUUCAGACUGAAGCACUCUGCACCGGGUCUACUCUCCAUGGCUAACAGUGGUCCUGGAACAAAUGGCUGCCAAUUUUUCAUCACCUGUACCAAAUGUGACUGGUUAGAUGGGAAACAUGUUGUAUUUGGAAAAGUGGUUGACGGCCUUCUAAUUAUGAGGAAAAUUGAGAAUGUUCCUACUGGACCAAACAACAAGCCCAAGCUCCCGAUAGUCAUUGCUCAGUGUGGAGAGAUGUGAGAACAGUCCAAACCACUGUAAACGGCUUUCAUUGCCAAAGGAUUCUUAUGGUUUUAUGGCUCCCUCACCUCACCCAUUAUGAAGUUAAACAUUUAUAUCAACUCUCAUAUUAUAAUUUCAGUGGACUGAACCUUGACUUCUUUUCCAAUGUAGAUAAAUGUGCUGUACAAAGCAAUUUCACUCUGCAAGAUUGUGAUAUGAAAACAAAUUCAGCAAAUUUGUUAUGUUAAUAAAUUGUUUUGCAUUUUUAUAA